CUUUCCUGCCAAGUAUGCUAUGUCAUGCUGACAACGCACAUGCUGCUCGUGACCUGGAAUUGCCAGGCGCGCAGCGUUAAAAAAAGGCACUAGGGAUAGAUGAGGAUUAUACACUCUUAAGACACUUGCACCCUUUGGAGUGUAUAUGGGUCCCACAACAAUAAUCGUCAUAUGCCUUGCUUGCGUUUCCUUUCACCCUUAAAAAAAUUUUCGCCCUUUGAGGCGUAUAUAUCUUGCCCGCGUUUCCUUUCUCUAAUGCUGCGAGCCCGGUACUUCGAGGUCACGAACGGCAUGCGCGUUAGAAGCGUGACACGGCAUUUUUGACAGGAAAGUAGCGAGCGCUGAUCUUUAAGAAAGGAAACGCAAGCAAAGCAGAUAACAAUUGUCGUUUUGGGACAAAUAUACACCCCGAAGGACGCAACUGUUGUAAGAGUUGUCUUCAAAACGCUGCUCUCGCUACUUUCCUGUCGAGAAUGCUAUGUCACGCUGAUAACGCGCAUACCGUUCGUGACUUGGAGGUACUGCUCGCAGUGUGUGUGUGGCAAGACAGAUCACCAUUAUCGUUGUGGGACAAGGUGCGACUAAUAUUGCUACACUAGGCAGGGUGUGCGGUCUCGAAUGCCAUAGUCCGCUGAAAUACCGAGAGAGGAAGUUUAUGAGGCGCAAAUGUGUGGCCAGCCUGAAAAUGAAUUUCCCACCUUAUGUGCAGCCCUUCGACAGCACUUCGAACACAGAAUUCAUUGAAGCACAGCUGAGGGCAUGUUUAUACCAGUGCAAGCAGCUGGAAUUAGAUAGCAAUGCUGGCGAACUGCUGUGGUGGGUAAACGACCUUGCGCAGUUGCUCAGCCACACUGACUUCCUGUUGCACCAAAGCCAGGCAGUCCGACGGAUGACGGCACAUUGCCACGUCUAUAUCAUGCUGUCAACAAUCAACAAUGUGCCGUACAGCUGCAGCAGCCUCGUGGAUGUGCUGCAGUCACUGGUGGAUCAGCUUGCCUUGCUGUGCGAUUCAUCAAGUUCAGCAUAUGAAGAGCGCCUUGAAAUGUUUAAGACAAUAGGCCAUGGAAGAUUGUUCAUUCGUAUGCAUCCAAGAGUGCAACAGUUUGGUGCUAUUGUUCACAACCUGUUCGUUGCCCUUUAUGAUGUCGUCAGCCACAACAUUGGCCUCAUUUCUGGAGUCUGGCAGUUUCUCUCGCCAAUACUGAAUAACCUUGAGUCACCAGAAAAGACAAUGGACUUCAUCUUUGCACACCUAAUUCCACCUUUGAAGAAAAAGGAGCCACUGUGGUACACUGUUUCAAAAGAGCUGGUGCACAAUGCAUCUCCGUCACUGCAGGCAACUAUGGACAUGCUGCUACAAGGCUAUGUGUGCAAGCCUGUGCAUAGAAAUUCUGAUUCUGUAUCCAUGGAAACAACAGUGUGCCUCCUUCAUGAAGUGAUUCGUCUCUGUCCCAUGGCCACCUCACUCGCCUUCUCCCAACUUGCUCAGAUGAUUGAGUCUCAGAACGCUCACGAGAGGCUUUUGGCUGUGGAGUCACUAUGCUACUUGGCAUCACGAAAAUCGCUCAGCAUGGCUCCUGGCGGCAGGUACAUGUGCCAAUUAUACUUAAAAAGGUGCACCGACGGGUCCCCUCGAAUCCGAGAAGCAUGUUUGAAGCUUUCAUCAAGCGUCCUGCGCUGUCCUGAAUUUGCUGGAGAUGUGCUUGAGGCUUUAACACAAAUACAGGCGGGCUGUGGUACCACAGUGAGGCACAUUGUUAUCAAAUCAGUCACAGAGGCUGCCCUGAAGGACUCUUCUAUCAUCACAGACAAGCUGAUUGCCCUCCUCACAGCUAACACUCACUAUGCCUCCUUCCAAGUUCGCCAGGAAGCCAUUUCCUGCCUUGGAAAACUGUAUAGGAGCAUAGCAAUGGAUCGAGUGUGCCCUCAGAAGCUCAUUUAUAAAAUUGCCAAUGUCAUCCUGGAGGCAUAUCAUACCAAGAAUACCAGUGACCGCAUGACUGUGGAGCAGACAUACGCUCAGCAUCUUGUACCAUUAUUGCUGUCUGCUUCAUACCGCAUGGAGCUUCUAUAUGCCCUCUACUGUAACCUCGAAGGAAAAGCACUGCGGUCAUUUGUGCGCCUGCAUGAGAAUAUGCAGGAAGCGCAGUUAAAGCUGCGAAGUGUUUUAGAUCAAGUGUGGAGAGCACAUGCAAGCACACCCAGACGCUCUAAUAGAGGCACACAGCUCGUAGAUGAGCUAAGGAAAGACACGGUCGCAUGUGAGAACCUACUCAAUGCACUGAGCCACCAGAAAUCAUCAGACAUUGCUUGCAGUCGGGAUGCAAUACUGAAGAGCCUCAGAGACAGAAGGAGUAAAGCUCUGGCUGAAGUGGAGAAGCUUUUCUGGACAGCUACAUCAGCUGCACUGAGUGAAGAUGAGGUUGAACAGCUUUUGGCUCUUGUUUCAGAGCAGAGACCUGCACUUUAUUUUUCCUACACAACCAAAGAGCUGCAGCUAUUUAAGGUGCUGUCAAGGGCAUUCCCAUCGUCUUGUGGCAAACUCAAGCACCUUUCAGCAUCCACUGGUGGUCUGGGGCAAAGUGACAUCGACUCGGAAGAUGCACAGAUUUCCCUAUAGCCUUCACAGUUCAAGUCUAGUGGCAUCUAAUUUUCGAGACCUUCACGCUGAAGGCAACUUGUGGAACGUGCAAACACAUGUGCAAGUUACCUUGUGUAACACGUUCUUCCGAAUGUGCUCCCAAGUGCAUGCUAUAUGUGCCGAGUUGGCUGACAUCGAGGUACCAAAGAUAAAAAAGAACUUCAAUGAGCUGCAAUUUUCCUUGAACACGUAUCAGCCAGCAAAAGAGCUGUUGAUAUGCCACCUUAAAAGUGCAGCUGAAAGGACACCUUCUACAUGAACUAAACGGGUGCCACAAUAAGUUGCAGGCAUCAUUGACAGUCAACGAAAAUACCACAUUCAAUGCCACUUGUGAAGCUCAAGUUAAAAGAAUUACAGUUCCCGAAAAACGUACACUGCUUGUAUGUUUCGAACUCUCCGAGACAGACUACUUGAAAGUGGAACAAUUCUUUUUUCUCCUCGUGUAUGUUUCCGUGCAUAUGCAAGGUGUAUAUUUGGUUAUGCACAAGAUUAUCACCGUGAUUAUUUAGGAUGGAUAUACUGCCCACGUAUUUUUGAUAAUUAAUGGUAUCUGCUACCAUUGUAACACCAACAGAAGUGUACUAUUCAUUCAUAACACUUUUAUUUUUCAGAGUGGUUUGCAUUAAAGCUUUGUGCAAGCAUAUAAAUUUA